CCGAGCAGCUUUCGAUAAGAAUAAAACAGACGUUUUCCGGAUUAAAACGCACAACGUCGGUGCCAUAAAGAAACUGAGGAUCGAGCAUGACAACACGGGAAUGAAUCCCAGGUGGUAUCUGGAUCGGGUCACACUGUCGGACCUGAACAGACCGAACCAUCGGCUGUUUUUCUCCUGCGCACGGUGGUUAGGCCGGGAGGUGGGGGACGGACUCACAGUGAGAUACCUGCUGGGCAGCUUUAAUCCCAUGAACAUCCCAAAACAAAAUAAAUACAUUGUUAGCGUGUUCACCAUGGAUGUGAAAGGCAGUGGAACCGAUGCAGAUGUAUACUUGACCAUCUUCGGAGAGCAUGGAGAUACUGGUGAAAGGAGGCUAAUAAGUGAAGGGAAGGACACUUUUGAAAGGGGGAAUGAGGAUAAGUUUACCAUCGAGAACCCAAACCUGGGAAGACUGAUGAAAAUCACCAUCGGACACAACAACAACAAGGGCUCGUCAGCCAGCUGGGGCUGUGAUAGGGUUGUAAUAGAUGAUUUGGGUAAUAAGGAGGUGUAUGCAUUUCCCAUUAAUGCUUGGUUUGACAUUUCUGAGGGUGAUGGAAAAAUCCAGAGAGACAUGGUGGUUGGAACCACUCAGCCGAUGUCUCUUGUGUAUAACGUCCAGGUCAUGACUGGCGAUAUUCGGGGUGCUGGUACCAACUCUAAGAUCCAUCUGGUAAUGCAUGGGCAGAAAGGCAUUAAGAACAGCGGGAAGAUGUUUUUGGAAGGCGGCACCUUCGAGAGGGCUCAGAUCGACAUCUUUAAUGUGGAGAUCAUGGAUCUGAUCAGUCCACUGAGCAGGGUCACAAUUGGCCACGACAAUGCUGGGAUCAGCUGUGGCUGGUACUGCGAGAAGGUGACGGUGUAUUGCCCUUUUACGGGGAUUGAACAGGUUUUUCCAUGUCGCCGAUGGUUAGAUGAAGAUGAUGGAGAUGGCUUGGUGGAGGUGGAGCUCUAUGAAAUGGUCUCACUGCGUCAGUGCAAACAAAAGAAGUUCCCUUGGUCUCUGUGGAUAUGGACGUCUGAUAUUAAAGGAGCGGGUACGGACGCGCAGAUAUUUAUACAGGUCUACGGCGAGAAAGGCAAGAGCGAUGAGAUGAAGCUGGAGAGCAAAUCGGACAGCUUCGAGCAGGCCCAGUGUGACAAGUUCAUGGUCGAAAUGCCUGACAUUGGGACCAUAAGGAAGCUGAGGAUUUGGCACGAAAAAAGACACCCAUUUUCUGGUUGGCAUCUGGGCAGAGCAACAGUAAUGAAGACCUUGACUAAAGAGAAAUAUAACUUUUCUUGUAAUCGCUGGCUGGACAUUAAUGAGGACGACCAGGAGAUCAUCAGAGAACUGCCAGCCAUGGGGGUCCACAAUCCAGAACCACUGCCAUUGUUGAAGUAUCGAGUCACCAUCGUGACAGGAAACCUGCAUGGCAGCGGGACAGAUGCAAGUGUGCAUCUAACCAUGUAUGGAGAUGUGGGGGACACAGGAGAGAGGUUUCUCUUCUUCAGCAAAACCAACGUCAACAAAUUUGAGAAAGGCAAUAUUGAUGAGUUCGUGAUCGAGGCUGUGUCAAUCGGUGAGAUCAGGAGGUUGCGGAUAGGUCACGAUGGCCGAGGCGGAGGCUGCGGUUGGUUCCUGGAGAAGAUUUUGAUCAGAGAGGAGGGCCAACCAGAUUCCACCAAUAUUGAGUUUCCUUGUCACAGAUGGUUGGAUCGUAGUGAAGAUGAUGGACAGAUUGUUCGGGAAUUGGUUCCAACUUCAGAUGGACAGCGCUUGUUCAAUGUGAGUUAUCACAUUGCAGUAAAGACAGGCAGUAUUAGUGGAGCAAGCUCAGAUUCGAAGGUGUUCGUGAAGCUCUACGGAGAGAAAGGCGACACCAACAAGAUCCUGCUCAUCGCCUCCGAUAACAGCCACACCAACUAUUUCGAGACAGGCCAUACCGACAUCUUCACAGUAGAGACCUCUGACCUUGGCCAGAUAAACCGUCUCCUGAUUGGCCACACGAACGAAGGCCUGCAGGCCGGCUGGUUCCUGGACAGCGUGUUGAUCUGGGUGCCGGUGCAUGGAGUUCAGUAUAUGUUUCCCAGUCACCGCUGGCUUUGCAAAGAUGAGGCUGACGGCAAGGUGGAGGUUGAGAUCUACCCAAGUGAAACAAAUGAGAUCGAGAAAUUGAUUAACUAUGAGGUAACGGUUGUCACGGGGGACGUGUUUGCGGCCGGCACCGACGCCAAAGUGUUCCUGCAGAUCUAUGGUGAGGAGGGCAAGACUCAAGUCUUUCAGCUGAAGAGUCGCUCCAACAACUUCGAGAGGGGAUCCACUGAGAUCUUUAAGAUCGAAGCAUUGGAUGUGGGCCAGAUCUAUAAGAUCCGCAUUGGGCACAAUGGUACAGGAGUGGCACCUGGCUGGUUCCUAGAGCAUGUAGAUGUGAAGCGGCUCAUCAUGGCCAUGGUGAAGUCUGAGAAAAAAGAAGAGGAGAAAAAGGACAAGAAAAAGAAAAAGAGAAAGAAGGACGAUGAUGAUGAUGACCCAGGAGAGCUGAAGGAGGUGGUGAAAACAUUUCACUUCCCCUGCAGCAGGUGGCUUGCCCGAGAUGAAGAAGAUGGAGAGAUUGUAGUGGAACUGAAAGCUGAGGAUUAUGAAGACCUUGAGGAGAACACAUAUGAAAUCCAUGUAUUCACUGGUACCAUGUGGGGCGCUGGGACAGAUGCCAAUGUCUACAUCAACAUCUAUGGCGAAAUGGGGGACACGGGCGAGAGGAAACUGCGCAAAUCGAACCAUUUUAACAAGUUUGAACGUGGACAGGAGGACGUGUUUACCCUCACUGCGAUGGAUCUGGGCCUGCUAAAAAAGCUGCGUAUUCGACACGAUAACACACAGGCCAGUGCAGGGUGGUACCUGGACCGUGUAGAGAUCAUGGACAUGAAGGAUGAGACAAUGUACUUUUUUCCCUGCCAGCGAUGGUUGGCAGUGGACGAAGAUGACGGACAGUUGGCUCGGGAGCUAGUUCCAGUGGACGAGGCCUUCAUGAAAAAGGAUUACGAUGACGACAGCAGUUCUACGACUUCAUCAGCACAGCUCGGACUCGAACAGAAAGCUAUGUCAACCACAUACACCAUGCGAAUCAAGACAGGGGAGAAGAAGAACGCUGGAACUGAUGCCAACGUUUACACUAUCUUAUACGGAACCAAUGAUGACACAGGUAUCAUUAAUCUGAAAGCCUCCAAGAACCAUAAGAACAAGUUCGAGUUGGGCAUGAUCGAUGAGUUCACUAUUGAGGCGGUGGACCUUGGCAGUCUUAAAAGAAUCUGCAUUGGACACGACAACGCAGAUGUUCCCUAUGAGAUAAGAAUCUUCACCAGUGACAUCUUUGCGGCGGGGACGGAUUCUGACGUCUUCAUCGUCCUUUAUGGGCAGAAUGAUGUGUGCACAUCCAAGAAAUCCCUCUGCCUCAACAAAAGAGAGAGAGCCAUUUACUUUGAACGAGGAGCUGAGGAUAUGUUUAUCGUGGAGCUUGAAGACAUUGGAGACAUCAUUGAGAAAAUCCGGAUAGGCCAUGAUAAUCGUGGCCUGAAUGGAGGGUGGCACCUCGACAGAGUGGAGAUCAGGAGACUGCUGAGGAAAGGAAAGGGCUCGGAGACAGCAAUAUUCCCAUGCAAUUGUUGGCUAGCGCGCUCAGAAGAGGAUGGUGAGACGAUACGAGAGCUGGUUCCUUCUGACAUCAUUAUUGAAAAGUUGUCUCGAGAUGGAACUCUCAAAGUCAUCGAGACUGAAGUAGACGAUGCCCUGGAGACUCAUACAUAUUCUGUGACUGUAACGACGGGUGACGUGUACGGAGCAGGCACUGACGCCAACGUGUUUAUCACCAUAUACGGAGACAUGGGCGACUCUGGGGAACGCAAGCUCAGCCACUCGGAAAACAACAGGAACAAGUUUGAGAGAGGAGCGGUGGACACAUUCAGCCUUGAAGCAGUGGACCUAGGUGAGGUGUUCAAGAUCCGCAUUCGCCAUGACAACAGCAUGCUGUGUCCUGAUUGGUACCUGGACCAGGUGGAGAUUGUGGACACCGAUACAGAAGAAAUGUUUCUGUUCCAGUGUGAGCGCUGGCUGUCCCUCAAGAAAGAGGACAAGCACAUCGAAAGAGUUUUCUACGUCAAGGGUUUCACAGGAGAACGAGAUACAGCAUUUUGUCCUAUAAGGAAAGUAACCAACCUGGACAGCAACAUGAAUAAGAAAAGCAAGAAACAUGGCACAGGUGAAGAUGAAGAUGAGGAAACAUCACUAAUACCAUAUUACCUGACACUCACAACCGGUGUGAACAGUGAUGCCGGGACGAACAGCCGUGCUUAUGUCAUCACGAAAGGAUCAAAACAGAGGCAGACCGAACGUAUGUGGCUGAAUCAUAAAUGGAAGAAGAGUUUUACUCCCGGGGCGCUGGACUAUUUCACCUGUUAUGGAAAAGAUGUAGGAGAGAUCAAAAAAGUGGAGCUAGGUCAUGAUGGUGCCACUGCCGAAAGCUGCUGGUUGGUGGAAGAGUUCUCAGUCGCCGUGCCAACCAAAGGAAUCUCGUAUGUUUUUCCGUGCAAGUACUGGCUGGCUAAAGGCAGAGGGGAAGGACUGACGUCGCGAGUGUUUAAUGUGAUUGACGCAGAUACUAUUGGCAUCUCACGCAAGGUGAUCUAUGAGGUCACUGUGGUGACGGGCGACAUCCAGCACGCUGGCACGGACACACAGAUCUACAUAACGGUGUAUGGAGUGUAUGGCACAUCAGAGGAGAUCCCACUACCUAAACUAGAAGACAGGUUUGAACGAGGUCAAAACGACACCUUCAAUCUGGAGAUUGAGGACAUUGCUCCACUCCGAAAAAUCCGUGUGCGCAUUGAUGGCACUGGAAGUAGACCUGACUGGUUUCUUGACAAGAUUGUUCUGCAUAACCUCGAAUCAGACGAGGUGGCAUUGUUUGUAUAUGAGGAGUGGCUAUCCCGCACACACGGACCCAAUCACACACUCGUGUGCGAGAUGCCCGCCAUUAUUGAUGAUGAAGAAGUGGUACAACUCACCACCUAUACGGUUGCAGUUAAAACCAGUGACUUGGGAGGGGCUGGAACGGAUGCCAACGUGUGGAUGAUUAUUUUUGGUGAAAAUGGCGACACUGGACCAAUUGCUUUAAAAGAAAGCACAAACACCAACAAGUUUGAGCGCAAGGCGACAGACACGUUCCAACUGACUGACAUUCUAAGUCUGGGAGAACUCUCCAAAAUCCGUGUGUGGCAUGACAACACAGGUCUCUCCCCAGGGUGGCACCUGGAGAGUGUUGACAUUCAUGAUGACACCUUGGGAAAAAAGUUUCGAUUUCGCUGUGAUCGCUGGCUUGCCAAAAAGGAGGAUGACGGCCAGAUCAUGAGGGAGCUGGCCUGCGCUAACAACGACGUCCUGGAUUUUGACGAGAAAACAAAAUAUGAGAUCAUCACAGUGACAGCGGAUACGGAUGAUGCCGAGACCAAAGAAAAUGCCUGGAUCAUUCUGGAAGGAAGGUUGGGAAGAUCCAAAGAACUUGUGAUGGAGAACUCUACCAAAAAGAAACGUUUCUUAAGCGGUGCCAUGGACAGGUUUGAGUUCUCCUGUAAGAUUCUGGGUGACAUCGCCAGCAUUUGCCUGGGCCAUAGCCCCAAAGAUGGGAAGAAAAGCAAGGUGGAAGCAUCUUGGAGGGUCCAAGAGGUUAUCAUUACAGAGAGGGACCUCGGCAACAAGUACAUCUUCCACUGCGAUGCGCUCAUCCCACUCUCCUCCAAGCGUGAUGACUUCCAGACUUUCGAGUGCACAAAGUUCAUCGAGAGCUUUGCCAGCAAGGCACGCAAACUGACCCCGGUCGCAUACGAGCUCAUCGUGAUCACGGGUGACGAGAAGGGCGCAGGCACGGACGCCAAUGUCUUCCUCACCGUCUUCGGGACCAACGGGGACUCGGGUCGACGCCAGCUGAAGCAGAAAUUCCGCAAUCUGUUUGAACGAGGACGGACCGACCGCUUCAGCAUGGAGCUGCUGGACAUGGGCGAGCUGCUGCGAGUCUGCAUCGAGCACGACAACUCUGGUCUCAGUCCUGGUUGGCUGCUUAGUAGGGUUGAGAUCACCAAUACUGCCAAUGGCGUGACGACGGUCUUUGUAUGCGGCAAGUGGUUGGAUAAAACUCGAGCUGAUGGCAGGAUUAAGAGAGUCCUGUACCCCAAAUAUUGA